UCUCUCUCUGAAGCUCAGAGGAGACAUGAGCAGGCAUUGGAGAAAAUCACUCACCAGGAGGAGAUGAACUCCAUCCUGAAGUCCAAAGUGGUCGCAUUGCAAGAGGAUCUCUCUCUGACACGGAUAAUGUGGAAAGACCAGAUCAGGGAGACGGAGCGACAGCAGGAGGCUCGCGCGAGACUGGAGUCACAGUGCAAGGAGUUGGAGGAAACUUUAAAACAGCGACUGACGAAAAAAAAAUUAAAGGCCUCCCGGGCUGAAGCUGAGCGAAAAUCCAACGAAGCGGUGGAGUCCUGCGCACAGCUGGAGACUGAAAAGACAGAGCAGUUGUCCCAGGUGAACGCACUGGAGGAAGAGCUCUCAGUCACACACACAAAAUGUGCUGCAAUGAACGUGAGUGAGGAGCAUGAGCAAAAGCAAGAGGUUGACCAUUUUCUGGAGACACAGAGCAAUCACAUGAAUCAAACACACUACGAGAAGUUCCUAAUGGUCCUACUGUCUGAAGCUGAGAGGAAAUAUGAUGAAGCGAUGUUGUCCUAUGCUCAGCUACAGAGUGAGAAUUCUGACCUGAUGUCCCAGGUGAACACACUGCGAGGAUCAGUGCAGCAGCUGGAGGCAGAGCUCUCUGUCUCACACACAAGGUGUACGGCAGUGAACUUCAAUGAGGAGAGCGAGCAAAACCAAGAGUCUGAUCAUCUUCUGAAGGAGGAGAGCGAUUCAGUGAAUGAAACACCUUGAUUAUUAUACUUCCAGCUGAAGCCUUUGUCAGGUACUCAGAAGGUCCUGAA